CGUUUCCAAAAUCAGCUGCUGGAAUCCGCAACUGGUGUUGCAGUACAGCAGCAACAACAACAGCAGCAUCAGCAGCAGCAACAACAACAGCAACUAGUGUCAGUUUCGCUUGCGCUUACGCCUAACAGCCACAGUCAGCAAUCCAUGUUCACAUCACCAAUUGUAGCCCAAUCUAAUCCGGCUGUCGGUACACAGUCCAUCAACGGUACUCUCAACGUCAACGCAGCCAACAACAAUCACAGCCUCGGACAGACGCAAAACAGUCUCACCGGGAACAACGUAAAAAUGGAUAACUCUAUGGGACAGAUGACCCCGAUGGCCCCACUGGCGCUCUCCCAGAGCAUGGAUUCGGUGAACACGGCCAGCAACGAAGAAGAGGUCCGCACCUUAUUCGUCAGUGGACUACCAAUGGACGCUAAGCCCCGGGAACUGUACCUUCUGUUCAGAGCCUACGAGGGCUACGAAGGAUCACUACUGAAGGUUACCAGCAAAAAUGGCAAGACAGCAUCGCCGGUAGGCUUUGUCACGUUCAGCACCCGCUCCGGUGCAGAGGCAGCGAAACAGGAUCUGCAGCAAGGUGUACGCUUCGAUCCUGAUAUGCCCCAAACAAUACGCUUGGAAUUCGCCAAGAGUAACACUAAAGUGAGCAAACCAAAACCACAACCUAAUACAGCGGCCACAGCUGCACAUCCUGCAUUGAUGCACCCACUUACUGCUGGACACCUAGGUACUCCGUUUUUUCCUGGGGGCCACGAGCUAUGGCAUCAUCCGUUAGCGUUCUCAGCAGCAGCCGGUGAGCUACCAAGUGCAGCAGCCCUGCAGCAUGCGACCCUCGUCCAUCCGGCACUGCAUCCUCAGGUUCCGCAACAAAUGCAAAUGCAACAUCCAUCAGCAAUACAUCCAGCGUCGAUGCAUGUCUCAGCCGGACUGCCAGCGAAUCAUUUUUUACCAAGCCCGGCCUUGGCGAGUCCGGUUGGCAGUACCGGUGGCAGCCAGCCGCCUAAUCCGCCCCUGGCCGCCAAUGCUCCCUGUUCAACACUGUUCGUUGCUAACCUGGGACAGUUUGUCUCCGAGCAUGAGCUGAAAGAAAUAUUUGCUAGUCUGCCUGGCUUUAGUCGCCUUCGUAUGCACAGUAAGGGCACCUCAGCCGCUGCUACUACUGCUAGUACUACUUCUGCUACCAUCACUACCACUUUCAAUACUAACGCCGCUGUCCAAGGUAGCAACUAUAUCAACCAUCUCAACAACAACAACAACAACAAUGUCAACUGCUGCAACAAUAACAACUACAACAACAGCAGUCCUACCCAAGUUCCGGUUGCGUUCGUCGAAUUCAAGAAUGUGGCUAGUGCUGCUGCUGCUAUGAGUGCCCUCCAGGGCAAGUAUCUGCUCUCGUCGGAUCGUGGUGCCAUGCGGAUCGAGUUCGCCAAGUCCAAAAUGGCAGCCGAUCUUCCGGCCCAUCACAUGUACCACGUUCAUAUGCAGCAAAGAGAAGGGAGCGGGUAUGGAGCCAAGAAUGGAUCAUCAUACGGGGAAGAAGAGUGAACGAAACGAGCUCAACACAUAUUUGAUGGCAACAACAUGACCCCAUCAGCAGCAGCAACAACAACAACAGCCGCAACAGCAUCAAAAUCACCAUCUACAAGCGACGAACUCCUUCGUCGAUAUCUCCUACGCGAACGGAACAUGUGGAAAUGGACUUGGACGCUACAGCAGUGGAAGUUUGACCAGCAGCAACAUCAACAACAACAACAAUAGCCUCAAUCAAGGUUACACAUACAGCAGCAACAUUCACAACAACAAUGGACUCUACGCUUACUCGGUUCCACAGCCGAGGGCGUAAGCUGCUACCAUAGUCAGUAGUUGUAAAACACAACUUUUGUCUUUUGUUUUCUAACCCAACCUAAACGUCAGUUGUGUCGAAGAACUUGUGAUACCAAUUGAGAUGGUCGGGAAUAAGCUCCCGCUUGUUUGAAACUCGUUUAAUUGAGCAUGAAUGAAACCAAAAAGUGCCCUAAUAAGUUUAUACAAACUACUUACUACCUUAUAACCUUAAUUUGUUUAUUUUGUUAUCUGUUAACUAAUCUAAAUCUUUCUGUUACUAACCAUUAAAAAAAGCAUUAUGAAUAAUGAAGAAAUGUUUGGAAAAGGUGCAGAUUUGUGAUUAGGGUUUCAAACGAAAAAAUUUGCUUUAGAUUAAUACGAAACAAAGGCAAAAAAUCAGCGGCGAUAUAUACAACUACAACAACAACUAUUAGGCGAAAAGCAAUAAAUAUACUGUAAAUGAAAAUAUCCAUGCAUAUCAAAGAUUUUUACAUCUGCUCUGAAAAGAUUGUAAGUUUGUAAAACUGCUAGUAGAUAAGUCAAAUGUAGGGCGAAACCAACGUCCGUUUCCAGCGAAUUAGUUUGCUGUAGGGGAUUUUUAUUAAAUUUGUUUUCUAUUAUUCUUAUUAUUAAACAUUACAUGCGGCAUUAUCUGAAGCUAAUAGCAGAAUAGGAUUAAGCAGCAGCUUAGGCAACAUAGUGAACGUAAGACAUAUUUUAGACAAAAUUACUUACCAAAACUAUUCUAUAUCACACUAGCGUUACAACUAUAAAGUAAUCGUUCAGCUACAGGAUCACAGUCGAACCGACUGGUCGGGAAGUGGACUACUGUUGGACUAGCUAGAACCAUAAAAAACAGCAUUGGGAACAUCGAGAUAAAAGGACACGGUCAUCUUUUGCACAGUUACCGUCAAUUAGAUUAUUACAUAGGACACCAAAGAAUUUUACAAGUUCCUACCAGACAACCGAAAAGAACUACCGAAACGAUCGAAAUAAGGAGCUCAACCAAGAACGCAACAAAGAAGCUACGACAUACCAAAGCAAUCAGCAAUCGAAAGCAUCCGUCAUUAAUUAAUGGAAUGGGAAAAAAAACUAUACCACAGCACAGUAGCUCAUUUUCCGACCGGUUUGGUUCUUCGGUUGAUCGUACGAAAAAUUCCAGAAGGUGACACUUUCGUCGGGGAAAGAAAUUUAGCGUUCGUAAACAUAGCAAUAAGUAGUAAAACUAUUUUCUGUGUUUGAUUUAGUGAGUGAACCUAGCGUGUAAGCAUCACUGAAAGUGCAGAAUCCUUCGACAAAUGCAGUGACACAAAUGGAAAAGGCUAUGCUGACAAAGCUUUUAGAAAAGCAGAAGAGAAAGUAUGAGAAAAUUGCGAGCAAGAUCAGAGUGAGCGACUCGGUCACGGGGAAAAUUGUUGAGCGUAAAAAGCGAAUAAUCAUUCCGUCCAAUACAGUGUGUAGUUAAAUCGGAUGAGUAUGGAUCUGUUUUCAAGACGACAAUCUGUAUCUUGAUCCGGCCCUGCAGGAGUACGGAUACAGCCGGACCGGAACGAGGACUGGCGCCAGUAUCGGAAAGGUACGAAUCCAGUUCGCUGUGAACCGGCUUCUGCUUGGGAGCUAAAUGAAUACAUAUCAACUUUUGGGUUAAACUUUAGAUUUAAGGACAUACAACUUAGUGACGUUAAGAAUUAGUGUGUAGGCUAUCAUUAUAAUCGUCUAAUUGCUAGUGUGACUUACUGUGCGUCGAGCUGUGACAACUAUAAAGUCCUUGCCGCCCGAGAAAAAAGGACAGAGAAAACAAAAUCGAGGGCUCAGUGAAGCUGUAAAAUCUAGGACAAGAAAUGGCAGUUUAUGUCUAAUUUUCAAAACAGAAAAUAUCGAUCAAUGGGCAUUUUUGACGUCAGCGACUGUUUCUCAAACGAACCACCGGUUCCACAGGGAUGAAAUCGUUGGUCAGCUACUGUUACGCCUUGUCUUAGAAGUUAAAGAUAAGGUUCUAAUUCUUCGCUUCGGUUCUCGGUUCAGGCUGAGAAUUCUGUUCUGGAAUUAAUAGUAGAACACCUAGCCCAAUUGAACAUUAUUGUAAUGAUGAUUAAUGUGAUAAUAGAUUCAUCAGAGGAAGAAAAUCAAUUUGAACCGCCGCAGAAAAAAAACCAACAAACACAAGCUUGUAGUGCUAGAAUGUUGCGCAUCCAAGUAGACGCCAGCAGGGAACGCUCAAGCUUGACCCAAAAAAAAGUCUAUAUACUUUAUCGAUUGAAACAGGAUCGAUUUUAUUAACAUAUUUAAACACAAACGUAUUUUCACUUGUUUAUAUGAACACACGGCUAAGUGAUUGUAGGUGUAACGUUUAUUAACCAAAUAAUAUUGUUUCAUGCAAAUGAAUAUUAACAAUUUUGUAUCUAAAUGGCAUAAUUUUAAGGUUGAACCAAACAGGCGAUUUUUUUUUUGAAUAACUUUUUAAUAAACUUUAGUGAAUGUCGGAUUGCUAAUCAAACUUCAAAUGCCUUCUAGCUUUAUUUUAACACUUGUUGACUAAUAACGCUUACCUUCGCGUAGCUAAGUUGUCUGUCUACACUCCUUUGGGUUUAGUUCAUUGGAAGAAGAGAAGAAGAAAAAAAUAAACGAGGAAAACCAUUAAACGGAAACGAACAUGAUUCACAAGAUACAAGAAAAACUAGACUAAUUAACGAUAUAAAAGAAUAUUCAAUGAAUGAAAAAGUGUUACGAUAAAUCAACAAUUCAAACAUAUCAAUUUCGUGCCCGAUCAUAUUGAAGAGAAAUUUAUUGAUGAAAUGUAAGCAUAUAUUAGCAGUAGUUGACGAGAAAUAAUAUAUUAACUAUACAUCUAUUACAAUUAUGAAAAAAAAAACAAAAAUAUCACUAAAGGUAACAAAAUAAUUUAAACAAACAAUAUGCUGAUGAAAUGUGAAAUUGUGAAGCAAAAAAUAAUAUUGAUGUAACUGUUCAAACAAUGUUGUAAGAACUACUGGAAAAAAAUACGCGAAUGUACUACUUUUUAACUAUCGCUUUACUUUCACCUGGCAGGACUUAGAAGUGAGGAUAAUCAAGAACUAGCGAGCCCGGCAUCAAUAAGAAGAGAUUCAAUAUUUCCUGGCUAGGAUUCGAACUCGAUGGGCAGAAAUUUACUGCACUAAAAUUCCAAAUAAAGAGCAUCUUUGAAUCGACUACCGAAAUUAGUGAUUUUGACAAUCAAAGCAAGCAUCUUUUACAACGCUGAUGCCAACUAGAUCCACCCGAGCUGGCUUUGGCAUCGGUUACAAAAGGUACACUUUCUGCAACUUAAGCAGUGUUAGCAAUGUAGAAAACAAAAGUUCUCGUUUGAUUAUCCCAACCUUUCGGUCCUGCUGUCAUUAUUUCUCCCUCCCAACUGUCCAAUUUGAUGAUAAUAAGAAAUUAACCAAAGAUAUGUAUUUUAUUAUUUAGAUUAUUUAUUUAUUUUCACGCCAACACUAAUUUAUUGUUUUAUGCUUUAUCCUUGAUAAACAAAUGAUCUUUAGUAGUAAUAUAUAAAUAUAUUUUCUAGGAUUAGAGUAACACAACUAAAGUACAUUACAAUUAUUAAGCAUAACAGUGAAUUAUAUUUAGCUCUAGCUUAUGUAGUACAAUGGAGUGUAAUAUCUAGAGAAACAAAAUAAUAGAAAGAUGUUAAUUAAACGAAUAAAUAACGUCAACAAUAUUUGGACAACUUCAGAAACCCCAAGAUUUUUGGAUAGUAAUAUGUGGAAAUUGAAGCAACAUGAGUUGCUGGAAUAACAAUAACCACCAGAAAACAAAAAAAAAACUGAAUUAAAAUGCAGUUUUCACUCUCCUGCAUCCAUUGAAGCCCAUUCCUAGUUGACUAAAUGCAAACAAUGUCAAAGAGAGAAGAACGGAGGUAUGCUAACUUACGGCAAAUACAAGCAAUUUAAAUCUACGCUAUCUCACUUGUUUUGUUUGUACACGUAACAGAUUCGAUAUAACUAUAACAAGAAGCAUAAUGUCAUUACAACAUCGCAAACAGCAACAACAAAACCUAACAAAAUAUCCUUAUUAUGGUAACUGUUAUCCAUUUAUAGAGAAAAGGAAAAAAAACGAAAACAUAAAAUGACAAUUCUACCAAAAACGCCUUCAGCGACAUUUACAAACUCGUAGCUGAGACUUUUACCUAGUCAAAUAUUUUUUUAUGAACUAAACAAUAAAGAAAAAAAUCAACAAUUCUGGCGACUUGGUUCGCGUUCUGUGACUUUAAAACAAGCACAUCUUUCAAACGCUUCUCAGCUAAUGCUUUUCGACUGCUUUGUUGUCCCCGGUGCAGAGAAAACUGCACCGGGAACUGAAAAAAAAAUGCAACUCGCAACACUUCUAUAGUUUCAAUCACGCGCUGCCCAUAGCCAACUUCCACCAUUGCACACACCAACACACAUACAAAACCACUCGCAUGCACGUGCACACCAAAGCGAGAAACAUGUUUCAAAGCUAAACAGAAUUGAUCCGAGGCAAGUCGACGCAGACUUAUUUGCUUAUUUGUUUCGUCUUGUAAAGAAUUAUCGAAUAUUGCACAUACCAUCACGUUAUUGCAUUGAAGGUGAGCACGAUAGCACACAAACACACAAAUUGACAAAAUGGCACACGUUUAGUGACACGAUAAUGGAGGUUACAUCGUUCGGUUUGAUAACACACCAACACACCCAGAACUUCGGUUUGUCCUGAUGGUGCACAAUUUUCUUGUUUGAAUCCUCCAUCCCCUGGAAUUCACCCACACCACUGUUCACUUGUUUGUUUGUUUGUUAUUUUUUUCGAUUAUUUUUUUCAAUAUUUUCAAUUAAUUUAAACACAUUGUUGUUGAAAAUUGAGAUGAUUUCGAUAAUAAUUUUAAUUGUACGAUAUAUGAACGAGAGAAAAUUUUUGACAAAUAUUUUUAUCUAUUCUUAAAAAGUGAUAAAGUAUAUUAAAGAAAACAAGGAAGAAAUGGAAAUAAUAUUGAAACUUUUUAUGGGAAUCUUAUAUAUUAUUGUAAUAGAUCUAGAGCAACAAGUGGUUACAACAGCAAAAGAUUGAAGCAAGUAAUAAGCUAAAAUUAAGUAAAUCAUAAGCGAACAAACAGCAGAAAAAGACGCUGGCAGGAAUCUCAAUCUACAGCUGAAUGAGAAGAGAGAUACUUUCAUGAUGAAUGUGAUUAAAGUUUUUCCUUUUAAGCUAGAAGUUGUUCCAAAGAUAUUUUCCCUUUUUACGUUUAGCAGUUUUAAAGACACGUGUUUUUCCUUUGGAUUUUCGCGAUAAGUUUUAUGGCGUUCCGGCCGGUCGGGUGCUGGUUUGAGGUGAGUCAAUGGUUUCAAGCAAGAAGUACGAUUGUCCUUCUCACUCUAUCCUGAACAUGUUUUCUACCAUUUAAUGAAUAUACGAUAUCGAGCUUUCCGGAACUUUCUAACCUCUUCACUUUUCGCGCGCGAACUCUCACUCACGGCCCUGGCCGCCGGCACUGGAACGUCGCAUCACUUAAUUAUUGUGCACUGUUAUAAUUUUAAUAGAAGAAAAACUCCUAAUCGAAACUACUGUUCUGAAUUGUUAGCUUUCAGUUACUGAAUUUUUCUCACACUGUCUGAACACCACCAAUUUUCCGUUUCACUUGGUUCAAUGUUUUCUCAAGCACUGUUCUGUUGUUUUUUCGUCUCUACAGUGACUAACUCAACAUUUUACUUUUCGUAACAUCUGCUUAUCAGUUCCAUUCAUUUUGUGCGUUUUGUUGAAUUUUGUUUUGGUUGAUUGUUUUUGUUCUCAGAAGACAUACAAUUCAGAACAGGAAUGGCCUUAAAUACAAUUUUUAAAUGAAAUAUAAGAGUAAUAAGUAAUUAAAAUAAAAGAAAUGGAUAUUUAAAAUUGAUUUUUAAAGGUUUUUAACAAGAAAAAUUCAAUUAAAAUACAUAACGAAAAAUCACUUUAAAACCUAAACAAGAAGAAAGCAGAACACAUAUGAGGUAAACAUUCUACAACUGAAAUAGCCGUAACAGUUCACGAAUAUGGAUCAACGCGAAAGUUUAGCAAUUAACCGUAAGGAAACAGAAACAUAAUAUUACAUUCAAAUCCAAAACGCCCCACAUCCCAGACCUGAAUGUUUAAUUUUCUAAAUUUAGCAAAACAACACAGAUGGCAUUGAGUCGUGAAAAAAAAAUGAAUAGCAGUAAACAGCGCAAAGCAACAUCCAUUCCAAAGUUCAGUCUCAGUGACAUUAGAGAAGAAAAAAAAAACAUUAUGAAAAACAUUGCGAGAAGCAAAUAAUAAAACACCUCAACGAACAGAGUAAACUCUACCUGAAUGUCGUUACACAAACGUAAGAUCCGCGGACUAGAACAAUACUUGCAACGUUACGAAAAAAAAUACAGAAAUGUCUAUUCUAGCUCCAAACAAAAUUAAAUGCAGAAAAAUAACAACAACCCAAAAAAAGGCAAAGAGACGAAACAAAACGAGAAAGAUAACAAAAAAUGAAUGAAAACUGUACUAACUAUCAAAUGCUAGAUAUAAUUAACAUUGUAUAGGGUCCAAAGGUGGGAAAGUAAUGAAUUAAAUUACAAAUAAAUUAAAUAUGUAAUAACAUAA